AUGUGGCGCGAAGUGGAAGCUGCAAAAACCGAAAACCGGCGCGAGCUAAAGCUAACGGGCGCAAAAAUAUCGGAACUCAUCAACAAAAACGGUGGCAACUUAGAUGCGGCAAUCUACAAGCUUUCUGCGUUGAACCUCCUCGACGUGAGUGAUACCACGCUGGAGCAGAUUUCACCACAGAUCAACGGCUUGAGUCAUCUGCAGUCGCUGCUGUUGUAUCACAACAAGAUUGCACAAGUUCCUGCAACGAUCGGACAGCUGGCCGAUUUGAAGGUGCUUGAUUUGUCCAGCAACAGGUUGCGUGAGCUGCCGGGUGAAUUUAUGCAGCUUCGUUCUCUGACCACGCUAAACUUAUCCUUUAACCAGCUAAAAUCUUUAGACCUAAGCCAAUUAGAUAAGCUGAGUGUCUGCAAUUUAUCCGGAAACGAGUUGGAUGAAGUGCCUCGUUUCUACACCGGCCAGGUGCACCAUUUGAUGGAGGUUAACUUGGAGAAAAAUUGCAUCACCAACCUGCCGGAGGAGCUUACACAGCAGCUGAUCUUGCGAUUACUGAACGUGGCGGACAAUAAGAUUGAACAAGUACCAAAGUAUCUUACCAAAUGUCUGAAGCUGAAGGAAAUUAACCUAAAAGGUAAUCCUCUAAAAGAUAAAAGGUUACUGAAGCUGGUUGAUCAGUGUCGCAGCAAACAGGUGCUGGAUUAUGUGGAGAAAAACGGAUAUCAACCACCAAAGCAACAUCCGGAAGAAGGAAAACUCUCGCAAAAGGAGAAUUCGCAAGAGAACAAGGAUGAUGAAUCCGGCUCCGACGAUGACGAAGACGAGGCACAGCUUAAAAUAUUGGUCCACAAGGCGACGGAAAAUACACCGAAAGUAUCAUUCACGCCGGAAGCCAGAAGCACCCGUCCCCAUAUCGUACUUUGCAUCGUGCGUGGUUUUCCGAUAACGAAUAUGCGCAAAUUUUUGCAACUCCAAAAUGCGCUACACGACACGGAAUGCCAGCGGCGUGAGGUGGCCACGAUAGCAACGCACGAUCUGGCAAAAGUAAAAGGCGCCGUUCGGUACGAUGCAGCUCCACCGGGAGAGAUCCUUAUCACUGCGCUGGGUAGUGCCGCACAAGGAAAGGUGACGGCCGAAAAGUACUACGCCGAUCUGCGCCAUCAGGCUGAUCUGUUGCGAAAGGAGAAAAAACGCAACAACUUCUCGGGUGUGUACAAAUACAUCACGUUGCUUACGGCGAAGGAACUGUUUGCGUUUCUGAGCGACGAAGACAAGGUCAUCAGUUUGCCUCCGCUCACGAACUGCGAUGAGACCAAAAUUGCACCCACAACCACGGAUAUGCUGAUCGAGGUGACGAGCAGCGUCACCCAUGGGCACUGUGUCCGCGUUAUGAACGCGCUGCUCGAGCGCAUGCUGCUGAUGGAUGUGGAGAUAGUUGGGGAUGUGGCACAACAUCCGGCUAGCACGGCUGGUGCAGCGGAAAAGAAGAAAAAAUCAAAAUCAAGCAAAGCGGGAACUGUAUCCCAGACUAAGGUGCGCUACAAUCGCAGCGCAACACUGACGGUGGAACAGGUUCAACUUUACGAUAGCGAGGGGAAGCUUCAUUCGGUGUUCCCUGGCAAGGGAGACCUCAAAGGAGACGAAAUGAAGCGAAUUGUAGUGGAAAUGGUUGCAGCUUGAGAUUUUGUAAUUCGGCAUAAUAUUCUCCGAUAGGCUGGUUAUUUAUUGUAUUACUGAAUUUGAAAACGUGAUACGACCUUAAUUUCCUCUUUACAAGCUCGUAUAAAGAGCAACCAUACUCGAGAAUUAUUCUAAUAAAUUUGCGAAGCUA